AUGGUGUGGGGAGAUUUGUGUGGUGAAUCUAUUCACAAUGGGGCGUGGGUUUUCACUGACAUUGUACGUCAGGAUUUACUUGCUGCUGGAGUGGACCUAAAUAAUCUUUCAAGACCAAUGGGAGGUGAUGAUUAUAUUGUUUGGAAACCGGACUAUAAGGGGCGCUUCUCUGUUAGUUCUGCCAAAGAUUUGAUUAGGCAAAGAUAUCCGGUUUUGGAAGGGUGUAAUUUGUUGUGGAGAAAAUCUGUUCAUCUGGCACUUGCUGCGAGAAACUGGAUGUUGUUGAGAGGUACCUGUGCAACUUUAGACAAGGUGAAAAGUAGAUUUAAAUACCAGGUUACUAACAAAUGCUUCUUGUGCAACAGUCAAGAAGAGACUUUGGAACACAUUCUGUGGUAUUGUUCUUUUGCAGUGCGAGCAUGGAACUGGAUUUCAGAAAUUUUUGGUAUUCAACCUCAGCAAAAUUUCAUUCAUUCUUAUAAAAUGGCCAGAGGGAGGAGCCGUAUGAUCAAGGACCUUUGGUUAUUAGCUAUUCUGGUGGUUAGGUAUGAACUCUGCAUGACACGAAAUGCUUUUAUAUAUGGAAAUCAAAGAGUGAGCUGGCUUUACUUUCAAAAGAAAGUUUUUAACCAGAUUCAUGAGUACUCCAUUAGGCUUACGGAUUGUAUGUUUAAUACCAAUGAAGAUAUACAGGUUCUUGGUUUCUUUAGAGUCCGUCAUAGACAGACUAAGCAUGCUAUUCCUAAGGAAUGUUUUUGGGAACUUCCGGCUGACAAUGAACUGAUGUUGCGUUGUGAUGGAGCGGCGCGAGGAAAUCCAGGCAGGGUAGGUGCGGGUGUGGUGGUUCGAGAUGCAAAUGCAGCAGUGGUGGGGGCUAUGAGUGUUGGUUUUGGCGUACAAACCAACUAUUUGGCUGAGUUAUUCUGUGUAAUUGUGGGGUUGGAAUGGGCGGCAAAGUUUGGUGUUGAAAACAUUUGUAUUCCAACAGACUCUAUGAGUGUUGUUUUGGCUUUCUCGGGUGACAUUUUGGCUAUUCCUUGGUUUCUCAGACCUAGAUGGGUUACUGUGAGGGCUAACUACUCUAAUAUUCGUUUUGUACAUACCUACAGAGAGGCAAAUUUUGCAGCUGACUGUAUGGCAAAACGUGGGUGUUUUCUUGAAGAAGUGAAGGUCUUAGUUACGACAAUAGGCCAGAUUUUAUUUUGUUUAUUGAAUUUCCCAAUGUAUCUUAUUUUCGUUUUAACUAAGUUAUAA